CUAAGACCAAGUGUAGAGAUACAGGAGGUCUUGGCCGGAGGUGCUCGGAAACAUCGCCCCUUGGCCUUGUGGCAUCGGCACAUAGUGUCUUAAGCCACAUGCUGCUUUUGGGGGGCGUUCUAUUCCGGGCAACGGGGGGCGAUCACCCUACACUGCAGUGUAAACUGUGAGUGUUACUAUGGCGACUGAAGAUGGUUCAGUUCCCGCUUUCGUUCGAGUGAAGAACUCAAUCCGAGUCAUCGCUGCGAAUCCCGAGAAUCUGGAGAGAGGAUUGGCCUAUGUCGUGCAGGUCAUCUUGGAGGAUUUCGGUCGAGUCGUGAAGAGGGAGAUAUUGGCGAUCCAGGACUACCCUAAGAGAGGCGUAUACGAUGUCACCUUCGGUGGAGAGGGCGUCUACCGUAGCUUCAUGGGAAUCCUGCAGGUGUUUUCGAAUGACCCUCGCUUGGAUGGCUUUAAGAUCUUGCCCCAUUUCGCUGAAGAGGAAAGGUUUUUGGUGAUCAAGUCGUAUUCACCUUUUGUUCCUUUAAAGGAAAUUGAAGCAGUACUGGGAAGGUAUUGUAAAAAACUUGCUUUUGUAGGAAAGAUCCUGAACGAGCUGGGGAUCUGGACCUUGAAGUAUAGGUUCAAGGCAGUUUUCGAGAAGGAUACUUACCCACCUGCGAGAUUUCGGCUUGGCACGGUGAACAUCGACUGUUUCUUUAACGGGAUGCCUGUAUUCUGCAAGAGAUGUCGUCAAUAUGGACAUGCGAUGGAAGGCUGCACUCUAUGUCAGAACUGUGGUAAGGAUGGACAUGAUGGUAAGUCCUGUCCCAUAGCAAAAAAGUGUAAUUUUUGUCUGCAGGGAGGACACUUAUAUGGAGGAUGUCCUCAAAGGAAAGUCGAGAAAGCUGCUGGAGACCCUGUUAUGCCGUCUACCUCGGUGGAUCUUGUUUCCCCACUGUCUGAUGGUGAGGUGUCCAUAGAGAAAGAUUCAAAAGGACAGCUGGUUGUAAAAAGGAUAAAAACAGUGAAAGGGAAGAAAAAACCCGAAGUAAGUCCUGUUUUUGUUGAGUCCAGUGAAACUGUUGUGGUUGAAUCUCGUUCUAGGGGAGAAAAACUCUAUAAAUUCUACAAAGGGAAAAAUACUGCAGAAAUUAAAGAUGCUGUGGAAGGAUGGUCAGAUUCGGAUGAAUACGAGGCUAUGGAUAAGAUUAUUAGUGGUACUCAGGAAAAUAAAGAUAUCCGAAAAGCAGUACUGAGUUAUAUCAGAGGUUUAAUGUAAACUUUUUAAUUAAAAAACAAAAAUAUAUAUAAUAAAAAUAAAAAAUAUUGGUUUCCUAUGAUUUUGUAAAAGUGAUUGGUGGUUUAUUCACUAUGAAACUUUUAUUACUGAUUGAAA